AUGAACGGUAAGGGCGCCGCCUAUGCGUCCAUAGCGCUUUCCGUCGGUGCCACGGUGAUGAUAGUCCUUCUGGCCACCCGUCUCUCCUCAAAGAUCGGAGAGAUAUCUGAAGAACUCGAACGUGACAUGCGGGACUUCAAGGAGUUGGAAAAGCAAGCCUCAGUCCACGUACGUGUGGCCCGUUCUGCACGAAAACACAUUGCCCAUCCUCAUGGCAAAACACAACCUCGACGUAAUAGACAAGCAUCAGGACAGUGCCAAUGCAACGGUGACAACGCCUGCCCACCUGGACCGGCUGGUCUUCCAGGACAGGCAGGAGAGGACGGAACGCCCGGUUUGCCAGGUCCACGUGGAGCUCCAGGUGUGGCUGGUAAUGCUCCCCCUGUCGCUGUGGAUUGGAUUAGAAAGUGCAGAAUCUGCCCUAAUGGUCCUCCUGGCCCACCAGGUCCACCAGGUCUACAAGGUCGACCUGGUAUGGAUGGACCAAAUGGAGCUGGAUACGAUUCGUCGGCGCCAGGCCAACCAGGACGACCAGGACUACCCGGAGAAGCUGGAACUCCAGGCACUCCGGGCAAACAUGGACCACCAGGUGAUCGUGGAGCAGAUGGAACACUUGGAGGAAAGGGACCGACUGGUCCUGCUGGACAACCUGGAUCUCCUGGAGUACCUGGUCCACCCGGUGAGAAUGGUCCACCAGGCAGGGAUUCGAUGAUGGGAGGACCGGGUCCAGCUGGCCCUCAAGGGGCGGCAGGUGAUACUGGAAUGCCUGGAAUGCCGGGACAACCAGGGCAGCAUGGUGGUCCUGGAAAGGAUGCCCAUUACUGUCCUUGUCCACAUCGUUCUACUGUUGUGGGUACCAUGGCCGGUACCCAUGCACGAGGCCGUGCACGUACACAUGUCAUUCGAAAGGUCAAGAAGGUUAAGAAGGCCUAA